ACCACUGAGGGACUCUCAUAGGAAUGAACGGAGUCCCUCCUCCAGUUGUCUUUAUACAUCCAUGCCUGAAACCAGAGAGCCGGUGGGAGGAAGAGAAGCGGCUGUUGUAUCCCUGGCUACUAUCGGUUUUAGCAACCGUUACCGCUGUCAUUUCCCCUAGGAAGUAAACAGGGGACGUUUAUUCUCAACUGACGUGCUCCAUCUUUGAAGGAAACCCAGAGGUGUGGAGUAAUGAGAGUGGGGGAGAGAAGGAGGCAGGACUCCCAGUAGAACAUUGGCAGACAAGUUGAAGGCCAAGCAAAGAUGCUGGAGGCGGAUGCAGACCCAGCAGGUGCAGCAGUAGAGAGAGGGGAAGCCGAGAUGGGGAGCGGAGACUACACGUCUGAGGUGAUGCGGCUGAAUCUGGAGCUCCAGGAGGCCACGGAGGAGAAGCUCCAGGCAGCGCGCUAUGGCCUGGUGGUGCUGGAGGAAAAUUCUGCUCUGAAGAUGAAACAAAGGCAGCUGGAAGAGGAGCACGAAGCCCUCAAAGGGGAGCUGCAGCAGCUCAGAGAGGCAUUUGCAGAUUCUGUGAACAGCCAGAAGCGUGCCGCUGCUGAUGGAGAAUGUCGGGAGGAGAACUUGAUGCAGGAGACGGCCACUAUGGAGGCCGCCUUGACAACUCGCAUGGAUGAAGUCCAGGCAGAGCUCAAACAAGCACGCCUUGCUCUGAGCAAUGCUCAUGCAGAGAUCGAUAGACUGGGGGUGGUCUCCACCCAGCUAAAGAAGGAGUGUGAGUGUCUGGACGCCGAAAAAGGUCAUCAGAGGGACGAGAUGAAGGAAUACAAAGUACGUGAGCACCGCCAGUUGCAGGACAAUAGCGAGCUAGAAGAAGAGAACAUCUCUCUGCAAAAACAGGUGUCCGUGCUCAAGGAGAACCAGGUGGAGUUCGAAUCGAUAAAGCUUGAGAUGACCCAGAAGAACGAGGAGCAAGAGGAGCUGCGAGCUCAGAUGGAGGAGGCAGAGCGGCUGAGGGAGAUCUCAGAGAGGCAGCUGGAUGAGGCCUUGGAAGCCCUGAAGGAGGAGAGGGAGCAGAAGAACUGUCUGCGGCGGGAGCUCUCCGCCCUGUCCCUCAACCCCUUUGAUUCUGUGGGGAACCUGGAGCUCCACCUUGAUCAGCUGGAUGACAGCCAGGAGGAGGGCCAGGGCGGAGAGGGGGGAGGCGAGGGAGAGGAUCAGGACAGCGGCAUUAACAAUGGUCCUGGUUCUGCUCCCAAUUCUGCUCACCCUCCUCACUCGGGGGGCUCCAAAAGUAACGGCCAUAUCCGGCGCUACUCCACUCCUCGCAACAGCGACGUGUUCCUGCGCGCUCCGGCCUCGGGGCUGGUGUCCGACCUGCUGAGUGAGCUACACUUUUCAGACAGUCAGAAACUGAAGCAGCAACUCCUGCAGGCAGAACGAGACAAGUCCAAUCUGGCCAGCAAGGUGGAGGAGCUGCAGCUGCAGCUGGUGAUGUCCAAACAGGCUCUCAGUCAGCAAGCGGACAAAGUGGGAUCUCUCACUCAGCAGCUGGAGGAGGUGCAAAGCAGCCAGCGGCCCAAGGGGGAGGACGGCGGUGAAGAGGAGAAAGAAAACGGAGACGAUGCAGUGUUUGAUUAUGAGGUGGACACCAAGAGCAAGGAGGUGCUGGAGGCCCGCAUGCGCUCAGCCAGCGAGGACCUCCUGAAGCUGCGAGAUGAACUGUCUCUGGCGGAAACGCGCUACAACACCCUGGAGAAUCGAUACAAGCAGGAGAAGGACCGCUGGAGGGCCGAGGCCCAGGACCUCGCCGACAAGAUCCGCCAGUGCAUCAAGUCCAGCAAGCAGGACCAGGACCGCAUCAGUGAGCUGGAGAAGGAGAUCGGAGCCACGCGGAAAGUGGCCAUCGAUUCAGAGGGGCACCUGAGCGUCGCCCAGGAAGAGCUGCUGGCUUUCUCCGAGGAGCUGUCCAACCUCUACCACCACAUCUGCGUGUGCAACAACCUGACACCCAAACGAGUCACGCUGGAUUACUACCGGGAGGCACGGAGAGCUCACUACAUCUACCCCCCGCACGGCACCCAGAAGAAGCCGCGAGCGAACGACAUGUUCAACUCCAAAGCCUCAGCGCUGCAGUUCAUGGGGGAGGUGGACAGCGCGGGAACCAGCACAGAGUCUCCCACAUGUCCUGGAUCCCCCACCUUGGAUUUCAGGGACCCUUCAAAUGUCUGCAACUUGGUAGCGGUCAUCCGUUGCCAGAUCAAACACCUCCGGGUGGCAGUGGACCUGUGUCGUCAGAGGGGCGCGAUGCCGUACUCUGGGUUCAGCGACAGCGGGGAGUCGGAGCGGGACGCUGAGAGCCUCAUGGAGGAAGUACUGAAGCUAAAGUCUCUCCUCAGCACCAAGAGAGAGCAGAUCGCGACCCUCAGGACCGUCCUGAAGGCCAACAAACAGACUGCAGAGUUGGCCCUGUCCAAUCUGAAAACGAAGUACGAGACGGAGAAGAGCAUGGUGUCAGAGACCAUGAUGAAACUGCGCAACGAGCUCAAAGCCUUGAAAGAGGACGCUGCCACCUUCUCUUCUCUGCGAGUCAUGUUUGCCAGUCGGUGUGACCAGUACGUCACCCAGCUGGAUGAGAUGCAGAGGCAGCUGGCGGCGGCCGAGGACGAGAAGAGGACCCUGAACUCCCUGCUGCGUAUGGCCAUUCAGCAGAAGCUGGCUCUCACUCAGCGUCUGGAGGACCUGGAGGCCCCUCUGUCUCCUCACAGCCUCAACAGCAGUCCCCGUCGCUCCCGGGCCAAAGAGCUGGCCACCAAGUCGGGUCGGGCGCCACGAAGCCCCAAAAGCAGUCCUGCUCGCCCCCCGCUGAGGAGCAGCCCCCGGGCUAGCCCUGUUCUCGGCAGCAGCGUUUCUGCCCUGGCCACGCACCACCUGCGAGGAUUAACCAGGAGCCUCCACACCAGCCCUCGCUGAAACACUCCUCCCAUUACUCCAACCCCCCUCUUCUCCAUAAGGACCUCUUCUUCAUGUCGAUCCCCGGCUCCCUCCUCCUUUCCUGACUCGAGACAUCCUGUCCAUCCCAGAUAUGAUGCAACAUUCCCCAGUCCACCCACCACAACCAUGGAUUUAAGUUACAAAAAAAAAAAAGUCUCUCAUCUGCACUCUUGGUUUCCUCCUCUGCUCGGAGCGGAGAAACCUGCAUGCAGCCUGCAGAAGGAUGAAGAGUGCCGCUCAUUGUGACGUCAUUGACUGUGUCUUGUUUCAAGUGGAUCCAUCCCCCAUCUGGUCUUGUUUAGGGCUGUUGUGUGUCGUGGUGAACCAUUGACAGUAUUUAUUCCAGAGACUGUUCCUGUGCAGUACUCACUGUCCCGUAGCCCUUGAUUCAUUUCAAGGCUGUUCGUCUUUACACUCUUGCCUUUAGUCUGGCGUUCCUGUCCAGGCCCUUCCGCCGUCCUUUAGUGUGUGUAAGCCAGUAGAUCCUCGGUGGUAACUCCCAGGUAGUGGUUUUUGUAGAACAAUGCAGCCUUAUUAAAAUACUUGCUCUCCCAUAAGUAGUUGCUAUCAUCUUAAGGUGGCUCCCCUUCUCUUGUGGUGCAGUUACAUCCCCUAAUAAUCCUUUUAAACUCUUUGACUUUUGCCCAUGAGCCACACCCUUUAACUAGAGGUCAGUAAACAUGCUUUUUCACUGAUGGAACUAUAACAGCCAUAAGAUCCCCUACUGAGGUCAAACGGAGAAAUCAGUUACAUGAUUUGGGAGAUCUCUAACGCACGUCUCACUUUGCACAUUAUGCAGACCAAGUGAGGACAGUGCCUGGGUAUUUCCUGCCUCAUAUAUACUGCUGUUAGCAUCACUUACAAUAAGUCAUCUGGUUGUGUUUAGUGACACAUUUGCAAGCAUCCCAUUGGCUGUAGCUUCCUGCUUGUUGGGCCAUGCACAUUUCUCUUGGUUGCAUAAUCAUAGUUCCCAUUUUCUCACUCCUUUGAACAACCAAGCAACAAUACUCAUGUUUUUGUAUUCCAUCGUUUAAUGUCACCAUGCUUUGUCCGCUACCAAAGUAAGCAUGUUUUAACGCGCUAACAUCAUCCACAACAUAGCUAGUGUUCACCCCCUGUGGCUGCAGUUUGCUCAUAGUGCUAGCAGGCUGCUGUUAAGAGUUGCUGCUAGUAGAAGAACUAAAUAUUAAUACUAUCCCAUAACGUAUGAGGUCAAAGAAAGAAUAAUACAUGCAUUUAUCAAACCAAAAUAUGUCAAAAAGAGAACAUUACAUCGCUUUCCACAAGCAAGAGGUCUGAAGAGCAAAGAAAAGACGUGAACAGAAAACAUUUAAAGCUCUUCUUUCUGACGAUAUCCCAAAACAGGUUGCAAAUAGAGUAGAUUGUUCCAGAGCUGUGACUUGAGGACCGCAGCACACACGUUAACACCGGUACUGUAACAACAUCUGUCUCAUUGAAUGCAGUUUAAAUGGGAUUGAGACUAAUCAUGAUCCUGAAGAACAAAUUUGAAAACAGCUGUUGAACGCAAAAUCAUCAUUUUCUUUUCAGCACAACUGUCCUGUGGUUUAGCAGACGAGGCCACACCCUGCUGAUUGGUUUUAUUUUCUUAGUGCCUUGGUUUUGAUCUUGUCUGUUGUUUCAGACUUCAUCACAUUUUCUAAAUAGAGGCUACUAUUCAACACUGUAGUUGUGAUUUUGUUUGAAGGAUUGUAAUUUACUUUUGAGGAAACUCAUUAAGCAGUGUUAGCACUGAAAGUGAUAUCUCAUUUUGUUGAAAUACUUUCACUUUUUAGCACUCCUAUGAACUUGUUAGUAUUAACUAGUGAUGGCGGUAAAAUGAAGAACAUAAUGUAUGAAGAACAUUAUGGAUAUCGGGUUGUUUUAAAAAGUGGGAAUCUUUUAACAUUUUGUCCUAUUUCUUCGAAGGUUGUAAAUGGAUUUCUUGAUCUAUUUAAUUCACUCUGUGCAGUUGUGUGUAUAAUUUAAUUACCGUUGUUGUAUAAUAUUUUAAGCUGUAUUUAUGUGGUCUGCGUUCUGUGUAAAUUGUUCUGAAGGGACGACAUGCACACACUCCCCAUAACACAUUUCAUGGUCCUCUACCGUUUAUGUGAAUGCAAUUUCCUUUCCUUGACCUGUGAACCACUUUUGUCAUGAAGAAUAAAAACAAGCCAACACUGUA